CGAUUUGUAUUUGCGAAAACUCUCGCGAGAUCCACAGCCCGACGACCUAUCCCUAUCCUAGACAACAACCUCAACCAUCUCGCGACUUUUGCGAAUCUUGGGAUACCAUUUGAGCCAACAGGGCGCGAAGAAGAGUUUGUUUAGCUAGCGAUAUUGCCAUGUUGAGAAAAAGGCGCUGUUUUUAUAAUUGCGAAAGCAAAUACCAUUUGUAUGGCUUACCGAAAGAAGACUCAGUGAAGAAUCAGUGGUUGAAAUUCAUGUUUACCACGGUUCCUCAGACGUACAAAGGCCCCUACCUUUAUUUGUGUUACCUUCAUUUUGAAGCGCAUUGCUUCCUAAACUGGGCACAGGUCAAGGCUGGAUUUUCGCAAAAGUUAAUGCUGAUAGAAGGGUCAGUUCCCACUUUGCUGGGCCAUUCUGGGGAUUCAGGAUCACAACCUGCGGGUCAAUUCAAAACGGGAGGUACGUCAGAAUUAAGGCUCGAGGAGGAGCAGGACGGAUCGAUCCCGACUGUGCGAGACCGUUCUGUUAAUACAUCCAUCAUGGACCCAAGUGUGAAAUCAGAGCCUGAUAUUGACACGGCAUUGUUGACUCCAGCAGCGACUACGGAAAAAGCCAAAUGUGCUUCAGAAUUAGGGCUCAACGAGGGAGGAUCAAUCCAGACUGUGCGAGACCCAAGUGUGAAACCCAAACCUGGCACCGCUGACCGUUCCUGUGGAAUUUUGCCUCCUGUAAGACACGUAGCCUCCCAGACUGACCCCCCGAAGAUAAAAUCGGUCGGCACACAGCUAUCCAUGCAAACUCUGCAGAAUCCCUUUCGAAGUAAAGCUACCCAGGUGAAGAUGCCCAGCAGAGAUUGCGGUGUGUGGACCGACACCUUCCCCUUGGACAGUCCACUACUGCUCCUACAACCAACAUUAGUAAAGAGACCAUCCAAGAGACCUCGACUCAGCCUCACAGACGAGGAGGAAGGCCCUUCAGAACCCAGCUCGUCUGUGGCCGUUCAUGAACCAGAGGACUCAACAUGACUCUCUGGACUCAGUCACUGUCGUGGGUUAGCGGUCUCUUUUCACCUUCUCAUGGAGAGGAGUUGGUGGAUGACAGAUUAGUGAAUGGGACAAUAAAGACUGCUGAGAACUUGCGCAAGGCACCAAGCCCUCAGCUGCUCUUAACUUGAGGCAACUGAUUCUCCUGUUCAGUCACUGCUUUAAAAAGGGAGAUGUGUUUGUGGUCUGUCUGGCUGAAGGUUCACAUAUUUUUGUGUUCUAUUUGUUUUCAGUUCCUCUUUUACACAUUAUACCAUGAUGUCUUUCAGAGUAGAAUGUGAUUUCACUUCUACUAUUUUCACAGUUUUAAUUCAGAUUUAUAUAACUUCCACCAAGUAAAGUUGAGUUUAAUACUCAAAAGGUCCUAAUGCAAAAAAGUGUAGUUGGCAACAAUAUCGGGAUGAUAAUGAAACAGGAAGGCAUCUGUAAUAAAUAUAAAAGCAGGUUACUGGAAAAAUUUGGGUCAGGAACUGGGAAGAGGCCCCUUCAUUACCUAUUUAAAUCAAGGACACAAGGCUCAAAUAAAUCACUUUAUAAAGCAGGUUAACACCCAACUGGAGAAUGUACUCUAAAAUCAGCCAAAAGCCACUGAGCAUGCGCUACUAAAGCAUCACUGAAAAAACUUAAAACAUAAUACAUUUGAAAAUGUUGAUGUGGCAUAAUGGAAAAUAUAUAGUAACAUAAUAAACCAUUUAAAAUAAACAGGUUUAGCUCACAUGUUUAAAAAAAGUUACCUAACAUGCUCCCAUUUAAUCAGCACUCCCUCCUGCCAAGAAGUUAAACUGAGGUUUUUAAGACUAUACACCUUCCCCAUUCCCUUUAAAUAAUACAGUUUUUCUAUCAAAUCUGUCCCAUCUGCACUAAUCAAAUUUAUCACUUUAUUAAUGUUUUGGAAGAGGUGGCAUCCUCAAUGAUUUGGCAUAAAUGGUAUAAUAAGACAUCUAAUAUUGAACAUAUUGGUCAAUCUUCUCUAAGUAAAAAGAAAAUGGCUUGGAAAAAAUUCUGGCUUUUAUAUACAGUAUUCAAUACUUUACAUACAAUCUAGAUACCGAUAACUCCUUAGUUGAUAAAACAUUUAUGCAAUUAUUUUGUCAGUGUCAAAUAAUGAUGGAAUGUUGGCCAAAUCUACAACUGUUACCACUUAAUCCUUCAAGAUAUCUUUUACUAUGACAAUGUGACAAUUGUGGUCAAGAAUACUUCAUUGUUAAUCGUCUUGGUUUAUAGGGGACAUUAUAUUGACAAACUGAAUUAUUUUGGUUCUGAGCUUUCUUUAUCUAUUUCAUUUUUGUUUAAAGGAAAAGCACUAAUCAUUUAAAUUUAUUUAUUACAGAUGUCUG